CCUCAACAGAAGAGCAUCCCAAGCGCUAGUGUACACAGCGGAAUAAAAUGCAGUCAGGAUCUGAAAUGGCGAAACAUCCAAUGCAAAUGGUUCCAUUACUGAUGAGAGAAGAUAAUAAGGAAAGCGACGAUUGGAUAAGUGAGUUCAAUCAAAUCGGACGUGGUAUCGUAUUUAAUAGAAAUGACGACUAUGAUCCAAAAGUGGUAUCACUGGGGCCUUACCACCAUGGAAAGAAGAAGCUCAAGUUUGUUGAGGAUUACAAGCCCAAGGCCGUUAAAAUGUUCAUUGAUGACGUUCCUAAAAUCGAAGAUGAGUACUUAAAUGCGAUUCUAGAGAACAUUGGGUAUGUGAGAAGUUGUUACCUCGAAGAGUUCAUGCCCAGUAUGUACACUGACGAAGAUUUUGCUAUAAUGAUGCUUCGAGAUGCAUGCAUCAUUCUAAAUUAUCUCGAAUCGAAGGAGAAGUCAUUUAAAAAAGACGCGAUGAUUGAGCAUCUUGGCACUGCUGUUUAUAACAGCAUUAGACGUGACAUGUAUUUGCUCGAAAAUCAGGUACCUUUCCGGAUUCUCGAGAUCUUGGUUGGCUUGAAAUAUGAUACUGACAAACAUGCAUUUGUAACGGAGAUGGAAAAAUCUUUCUUUAGAAUGUUCUUCCAUGAUAGGGCGGCAGAACUACCUGAAGCUAAUGAAAUCAAUAAGCUCGGGACGGAACCCCUUCACCUUCUUGAAAUUUCCCGAAGGGUAAUUGUCGCAGGCUACGAUCGAGACCCCAAAUCUGAAACUGGUGAACAUUGGUGCGAUAUCAACAACCUGGUAUCAUGCCUCGAAAAAAACUGUUGCGGUGAUGAUGAAAUACGUGGCCAGCACGUGUUCCGUUCUGUGACGGCUCUGAAAUCAAAGGGCGUGAAUUUCAGUGCUAGUGGGAUUAGAUCUCUCAAGGGGGUAAGGUUUAGUCCAUAUAAAUUAUGUAAGUCUGCUGAACUGAAGCUCCCACUUUUGUAUGUCACAAAGGACACAAGAGUGUUUUUCAAGAACUUGAUCGCUUACGAGUUCUCUCCCUAUGUUCCUAAUCCUUCUAAUAACGCUGUGACUGCUUACGUGAAUUUCAUGAGACUACUUGUGAUUUCAAAACAAGAUGUGAAGGAACUACGAGAGAAGCAAAUUAUAAUCAACGGUUUAGGGAGGGACAAAGAAGUGGUGGAAAUGUACAAAGCUUUGGAUACUUUUGGCGCAGAAGAUAGUUCUUUUUUGUGGUAUGUAAAGAGGGAUAUUGAAGAGCACUAUCACAGCAAAACCAAGACUUGGAUGGCUGAUUUGUGGACCACUUACUUUGACAAUCCCUGGUCUAUAAUUGCUUUGUUUGUUGCUGCUAUCGUCCUCUGCUUAGAUAUUGUCCAGGCAUACUAUGCAGUCAAUCAGGAUUCUAGUAAUGGUACUGGUGGUGGUUCUGCCGGUGCUCAUCAUUAAUCUUCUUCAACACGAGGAUUUUGAUUUUACUUUUAUGAAUAUUUCUCUCAUAUUUAUGUGUUGAUGAUUGAAUCAUAUGGCCUUCCAUAUAGUCAGUCUUGUAUUAUGUGUUACGUUGUUGCUUUUUAAUUUGUGUGGCUUGUAAACAAUACUAGAUUAUUUAUUGUACUACUCGCUAUAUGUUUCAUUUUACUCAUAUGAUCUUAAACGUGCUAUAUGAGAUGUUGAUUAUAUUUUAUUUUAAACAGACUAAUAUUUCUUCUUA